AUGAUGGCAACACCAACAACAGAAGAGAAUCCCCUAAACCUACACCUAGAAGCCAAUCCCGGCUACUGGUACGUUGAGCACGAGAUCUUCAACGUGCUCUCGACCUAUCUGCCCGCGACAUCAACAUGGACGGCCCCCGCCGCCGCCGAGAAGCUAAACAGUUUUUACCCGACCAUCCGACAAGACGAUGAUCCCAAAGAACCGCCGCUGAGCUUCCUCAGUGAAUUCUGGGAGAUCAUGUUUCGCGUUGGGAUCCAGGUUGACUGCCACACGGAGCCGAUGAAGCGGUUUAUCGCGCUCAUUAAAGCACUGCGCGAGAUUAAUGUUGAUGAAGAGAAUGGGGCGUGGAGGCAGCUGCCGCAGAUGAGUCUUUUUCUGACGGAGAUAUAUCAUCAGUGCACCUUGAGAUAUGUCCAAGGUGACGAAGGCUCUCGGCGCUGGCGGAAUCUAAACGGACUAAAUGCCUACUUGAUCCAAGAGGAGUUGCUUUACGAUGGGAUUAUAUAUGCUUCUACUGCUAACAGGCAAGCAUUGGGGACAGAGGAUGAUCUGAUGACGAAGAAGCAAAAGCAAAAGAAUAAGGCUACGAAUAUCCUCGCGCUAGUGCCUGCUGCAGCGACUUACUUCAUCAUCUGUCCCUCCAAAAUCCGUCAUGCCAGCGUGGCAGAAACGGAAGGCUUCUCUGUCGCGCGAUGGAAUCGUUGGAAAAUUCGAUUUGGGGUGUUGGCAGCUCAUCCUGAGGCUGACGAUGAGGUCAGGAGGGCAUGCCAGGAUGCCGUUUUGGAGAUGGAGAGAUGCGAGCAUUAA